AUGCCACCAUCCCAACAAAACCACACGGCGUCUUCCAACCCCAUCAAGCGUAAUGUUUCCGGCAGAAGCGGUCCCAAAGCAAGGACUGGAUGUCGCACGUGCAAAAUCCGGAAGGUCAAGUGUAAUGAGGACAGACCUGCUUGCCAUCAAUGCGUGUCAAGCGGUCGGGUUUGCGAUGGAUAUGGAAUCUGGGGAGGAGGACAUAGUCCAUAUCCUUCGGGUUCGUCGAUGUUCAAUUCGCCCGAUGGUACUACCGGUUCCAGUGUCAAAGUUCCGAUUUCUCGGAUCAAACCUCGGAGCAGGAGGGAAGAUAGCCGUCAUAGCCGUCAUAGCCCAAUGCAACCACGAAGCACCGAUUUAUCCUCGUCCCAUCAUAUCGCGGGAGAUAGUUCUGCUCAGGUAGCACUAAAGCCGACCCAGUCCCUAGUUUUUCAGCCCCUUCAAUCUCAGCCCAUCAGCUCACCCAAGCGGCGAGGCAUGUUGAGAUCGGUACCAACGUCUCUCGCGGAAUUUCCAGCGCCUGCAAGGGAGCGUCGUUUGUUAUACUGGUUCCAAAAAUACACGGUCCACAAACUUCCGGGGUUGUUUCCUUCUUCAUUUUGGAGUUCACUACUUCCUCAAGCAAGCUACAGCGAACCUGCUGUUUUGCAUGCCGUCGUCGCGUUGACGUCGGCUCACAAGUAUCAGCAACCUGAACCUAUUCUACUCGGGCGAGUUUCGAUCGAAGAGCAAUUCACUUUGCAGUCCUACAGCCAAGCAAUCCAUUUUCUCAGUCCGCAUUUCAGCCUUCAGAAUCUUGCUUCUUUGAGAGUGACGCUGAUCACAUGUCUUCUUUUCGUGUGCCUAGAGAUAGUUCAGCAACACCACGUCACUGCCAUAUCUCAUUUGUCCAAUGGUCUCAGGCUUCUUGAACAAUACGAGCAGUCUCGAGGUCGGAUUGACGGCCACGGAUAUCUCGAUGUCGGAUCUGAUGACCUUAUUUGUCGAAUGUUCCUAAGGCUCGCAUUACAAGUCAAUAUGCUUGGAAGCAGUCAUCUCCCCUUUUCAAUCAUGAAUAGACUCGUUCCUGACAAACCUCCCAACAGAUUCAUCUCCAUUGAAGAAGCCAGAAAACAUCUUGAUAUCCUUCUCGCCCAGGUUCUUGAAUUCAAUCAUCUUUGCCGCAAUCAACAGCCCCUACCAUAUACCCAUAAUACCUUAUCACCUCACCAGGCAGCCCUACAAGCAAACCUCACCUCCUGGCUCGAAGCAUUCAACACAUCCAACCUCGAGCAACAAGCAACAAGCCCUCGCACCAAAACUAGCUGCAUGAUCUUACGCAUGUAUCACACCAUGGCGGUAAUAAUAACCGCGACGGGCAUUUCCCAGCACCAACAAACGCUCUUUGAUCAACAAUCCGACAAGUUCUUUUCCAUUCUGUCUUAUGCAAUCAACUCAAAAGCGCUCAUGAUCGACUCCUCCGUCAUACCUGAUUUCCCCGACCCCUUUACCGAAAUGCAGGCAGCCAUCAUCGACAUUGGAUGGGUCCCUGCCUUAUACUAUACCGCUAUCAAGUGCCGUACUCGGAGGAUCCGAUUGCAUGCUAUCGAACUGCUCGAGUCGGCCCCACAUCAAGAAGGGUUUUGGGACGCGAGGAUGGCGGCGGGUGUCGCGCGCGAGGUGAUGCGAGUUGAAGAGGAUGGGCAAGGUGGUGAGGUGGAGCAGCAUCGAGUGCAUGACGUUCAGGUGUUUCUCGCCAAUGAAGCACGUGGUAGAGUUGGAUUACUGUGCCGCCAACGAGGUGGCGAGGUAUGGCGAGAAUGCUAUCCGAUCUACAAUCUUGAUUGA